AGACAGGCCGGAGCAAGUAAGAAGGGCGAUCGGGGGGAGGGUUAUAGCGAUAGCGGCGGGAGCCGGCGAAGAGAGGGCUUCCCCCAGGAAAACCCAGCCUUCGGGAUCACCAGAAGGGCGGGGCUCGCUCCCGCCGGUUGGGACCGGCCGGAGUCGGGGCGCUUAGCCGGGUGGGCCUUCCCCAGUGGGGGCGCGGGUGUGAAAAGUCAGAGAAGGAGAGCGUGAGACCGGAGGGAGUUGAGGGAGGGGGCUAACCCUGCACCACGGCUGUCCGGGAAGAGGCGGAACCAGCCUGGAAGAAGGCAGAAGGAAAGCUCUUGAAAAGGACCUUUAAAAAAAAAAAAAAAAAAGGAGACGCCCUGGGGGAGGGGCCAGAGUGCAUUUCCCCUUCUCAUUGGUCGGGACCUUGCCGCUUGUCUUGGUCACGCCCCCUGAGCUUUGGACACACCCCUUUCUCCAAAGCUCCUCCCCUUCCCCUUGAGACCUGGUCGCAGUCCCACCCUCUUUCCUAGUACUUCCUGUUCCCGGCUAACCCUGGGCAUGGGACCCGGGGCUGUGGAGAGACCGUAACCUCCAUGACCCGGAGUCCCCGCGCGGAUCCGAACAGGCUGCAAAGCCGGGCCGCAGGCGGGAGGGCGACGCUCGGCCGGCGGGCACUGGGCCUCCCUGCCUCAGGAUGCCGGGCGAGGACGAGGAGCGGGCCUUCCUGGAGGCGCGCGAGGAACUGGCCGGUGCCCUGAGGAGGGAUUCCGCGCAGACGUUCUCGCCCGAGCAGCUCCGGCCGCUACUGACCACGUCUCGGCCCCUCGCCGCCCGCUACCUGCAGCUAGACGCUGCCCGCCUGGUCCGCGGCAACGCCCACAGGGAGCCCCGCAACUACCUCAGCAGCCUGUCCACGGCCCUGAACAUCCUAGAGAAAUACGGCCGCAACCUCCUCAGCCCGCAGCGGCCCCGCUACUGGCGCGGGGUCAAGUUUAAUAACCCAGUCUUUCGCAGUACGGUGGAUGCUGUGCAGGGGGGCCGGGAUGUGCUGCGGUUGUACGGCUACACGGAGGAGCAGCAGGAUGGGCUGAGCUUCCCGGAGGGCCAGGAGGAGCCAGAUGAGCGCCAGGUCGCCACAGUCACACUGGAAGUGCUGCUGCUUCGGACGGAGCUCAACCUGCUGUUGGAGAAUAUGCACCCACAGCAGCAGGCACUGGAGCAGCUGCUGAACAGCAAGGUCGAAGAUGAUAUGCCCCAGCUUUCAGCGGCGUUCACCCCCAUCCUGAGUGAUGUCGCUCCUGGAGCCCUCAACACACCCUCAGCCCAAGGCUCCACUCCUGGUCCCUGCUUCCUCUGUGGUUCUGCCCCGGGCACAAUGCACUGCCCAGCCUGUAAACAGGCCUUGUGCUCAGCCUGCGACUAUCUCUUCCAUGGGCACCCAUCCCGUGCCCAUCACCUCCGCCAGAUGCUGCCUGGGACUUCUCAGACCACAAACCUCAUCCCCAGCUUACCUGCUCCUGCUCUACCACGGCCCCAGUCAACCUCUCUGCUGGCCCUUGGAGAUAGUGCCCUUCCUUCUCCUGACCCUGCAAGUGCCCGCCUGCCCUGGCACUGUGCUGCCUGUACCAUGCGAAAUAAACCCUGGGCAGUGCUCUGUGAGGCCUGUGAUCGGCCCCGGGGCUGUAAAGGGAUAGGACUGAGGGCUGAAGGUUCCCAAGGAGCUGGAGGCCCAGAACCAGAGCUGGCCCCGGGCCAGUGGACCUGCCAGAGCUGCACCUUUGAGAAUGAGGCAGCAGCCGUGCUGUGCUCCAUGUGUGAGCGACCUCGGCUGGCCCAGCCUCCCAGCUUGGUCUUAGACUCCCUCGAUUCUGGAAUUUGCCUGCAGCCCCUUCAGGGAGAAGCUGUGCUCUCCUCUCCUCAGACUCACGUUUGGUCCUGUAGCCACUGUACCUUUUGCAACACGGGCCCUGGCUGGGUGUGUGCUAUGUGCAACCGGACCAGCAGCCCCAGCCCAGCCCAGCCCACUCCUCAGCCCCAUGCCAGCUCUUUGGAAGAGACCCCCCCUGAGCCUGGGCCCCUCCAGCACCUCAGCGCCCCCCUGCCCAGCUCCAGCAGGGAUCCGGAGAAGCAGCGUCAAGACAAGAUGCGAGAGGAAGGCCUGCAGCUGGUGAGAAUGAUCCGGGAAGGGGAAGCUGCAGGCGCCAGUCCCGAGGAGGUCUUCUCGGCUCUGCAGUACUCGGGCACCGAGGUGCCCCUGCAGUGGUUGCAGUCGGAGCUGCCCUACGUUCUGGAGAUGGUGGCUGAAUUGGCUGGACAGUGGGACCCGGGGCUGGGCGCCUUUUCCUGUCAGGAGGCCCGGAAAGCCUGGCUGGAUCGUCACGGCAACCUCGACGAAGCUGUGGAGGAGUGUGUGAGGGCCCGGCGGAGCAAGGUGCAGGAGCUCCAGUCCCUGGGCUUUGGACCUGAGGAAGGGUCUCUGCAGGCAUUGUUCCAGCAUGGCGGUGACGUGGCUCGGGCCCUGACGGAGCUCCAGCGCCAGCGCCUGGAGCCCUUUCACCAGCGCCUCUGGGAUAGUGGCCCUGAGCCCAACCUGUCGUGGGAUGGCUCAGAUAAGCAGAGCCUUGUCAGACGGCUGCUGGCUGUCUACGCACUCCCCAGCUGGGGCCGGGCCGAGCUGGCGCUGUCGCUGCUGCAGGAGACACCCAGGAACUAUGAGUUGGGGGACGUGGUGGAAGCUGUGAGGCACAGCCACGACAGGGCCUUCCUGCGCCGCUUGCUGGCCCAGGAGUGUGCCGUGUGCGGCUGGAUGCUGCCCCGCAACCGGAUGCAGGCCCUAACUUCCUGUGAGUGCACCAUCUGUCCCGACUGCUUCCGCCAGCACUUCACCAUCGCGGUGAAGGAGAAGCACAUCACCGACAUGGUGUGCCCUGCCUGUGGCCGCCCCGACCUCACCGAUGACACACAACUGCUCAGCUACUUCUCCACCCUUGACAUCCAGCUUCGAGAGAGUCUAGAGCCAGAUGCCUAUGCACUCUUCCACAAAAAGCUGACUGAGGGCGUGCUGAUGCGGGACCCCAAGUUCUUGUGGUGUGCUCAGUGCUCCUUUGGCUUCAUCUAUGAGCGUGAACAGCUGGAGGCAACAUGUCCCCAGUGCCACCAGACCUUCUGUGUACGCUGCAAGCGCCAGUGGGAGGAGCAGCACCGAGGCCGGAGCUGCGAGGAAUUCCAGAACUGGAAACGCACCAACGACCCGGAAUACCAGGCCCAGGGCCUGGCCAUGUAUCUUCAGGAAAAUGGAAUCGACUGCCCCAAGUGCAAGUUCUCGUACGCACUGGCCCGAGGAGGCUGCAUGCACUUUCACUGCACCCAAUGCCGCCACCAGUUCUGCAGUGGCUGCUACAACGCCUUCUAUGCCAAGAACAAAUGCCCAGAGCCGAACUGCCGAGUGAAGAAGUCCCUGCAUGGCCACCACCCCCGAGACUGCCUCUUCUACCUGCGGGACUGGAGUGCCCUCCGACUGCAGAAGCUGCUGCAGGACAAUAACGUCAUGUUUAAUACCGAGCCUCCAGCUGGGGCCAGGGCAGUCCCCGGAGGUGGCUGCCGAGUGAUGGAGCAGAAGGAAGUUCCCAAUGGGCUGAGGGACGAAGCUUGUGGCAAGGAGACCCCCGCUGGCCAUGCCGGCCUCUGCCAAGCACACUACAAGGAGUAUCUAGUGAGCCUCAUCAAUGCCCACUCUCUGGACCCGGCCGCCCUGUAUGAAGUGGGGGAGCUGGAGACAGCCACUGAGCGCUACCUGCAUGCGCGCCCUCAGCUGCUAGCUGGCGAGGAUGCCCCUGCCUACCACGCCCGCCUAUUACAGAAACUGACAGAAGAGGUGCCUUUGGGGCAGAGCAUCCCCCGCAGGAGGAAGUAGCUGCAGCGCCCGCCCUGCUGAGGGUCCCAGGCCCCUUCAGGAACAGCUCCAGCACCAAAUAAAGCAGCAUCUCCUCCC